AUGGACCUUGCUAAGCCAGCAACUUCGCCCAUGUUUGCCUCGGCUCCAUUGACCCUUGCUGAUGGUCCAACCUUUGAAGAUCCAACACUUUAUCGUAGCACGAUAGGUAGCCUUCAGUACUUGUCACUAACAUGCCCUGAUGUUGCCUAUGCAGUCAACAUCAGGGCUGUCAAGCGGAUAUUAAGGUAUCUUAAACACACAGCCCACCUUGGUCUUCACAUCAAACCUUUUCCUGAGUACACUUUGCAUGCCUUCACAGACACUGACUGGGCAGGAUGCCCUAAUGAUCGGCGCUCAACAAGGGGCUUUUGCAUCUUCCUUGGUUCCAACCUUCUCUCUUAG